UAUUUUAGUUGGGAAAUUGCCCACCAAAAAUGUUUCACACCAGAUACCUUUUUGUGGUAAAGUUUCUUCCAUUGCCGUGAAGUUGUUGCUCGUUUAGAGCGCCAACCUAUCAGUCCAUUUUGUUUUAUGUAGCAUUUAGGUUCGCUGUUUAAUUCUCUCAAACAUUACGAUUUGCUUUGCGGGAUUCUUCUAUGCAUACUUCCAGCCUAUGCCAAAAUAAGAGCUCUGGAACAGCGUGUGAAAAUCCAUCAGAGUAUAAUAGAAAGGGGAUAGUAGUAGAAUUGUGAUAGCCUGGAAUGCUAUGGUUGUCGGAUAUGCACAAAAUGAUCUUCUUGACAAGGCAAUUUUUGCCUGAAAAAGAUGUGGUUCCAUGGAAUGCAAUGAGUGCAGGAUAUACACAAAAUGGUUAUGCUAAGAAUGCCUUGGAAACUUUUAAAUAAAUGCAACGGACAGAUGUAAAGUUAGAUUCCACAAGCUUUGUCAAGGUCCAUUCUACGGGGGAUACAAAACAGGGUAUAGACAUCCAUCAAGCCAUAAUCGAAACUAUAUUUUUAUCCGAUUUUCCAGCUGCAAGUGCCCUUGUGGAUAUGUACGUGAAGUGUGGAAGCAUACACAACAUGUGAAUUGUUUGACAAAAUGUCAUGCAAAAAUGGUGUUUCAUGGAGUACUAUGAUUGCAGGAUAUGCGCAGAAUGGUGUUCUUGAUGAGGCUUUAAAGCUCUUCGAAGAAAUACCUCACAGAGAUGUGGUUUCAUGGAUUGCACUAAUUGCAAGAUAUACCCAAAAUGGGUUUGCCAAAAAAGCCUUGGAAACUUUUAAACUAAUGCAAUUGGUAGGUUUAAAGCCAGAAUCCACAACCUUUGCUGACAUCCUCCCAGUUUCCGCCCUCCACAACCUUUGCGAGCAUUCCAGCAUCUGCCAAAUGGGAGCUUUAGAACAGGGUGUAGAUAUCCACCAAAGCAUCAUUCGAAGAAAAUAUUUGUCAGGCGUUGCAGUUGCAAGUACCCUAUAAGAUAUGUAUGCAAAAUGUGGAAGAAUACGCUUAGCAUGUGAAUUGUUUGACAAAAUGCUCGAACCAUGUAAGCUUUGCUUGUGUUUUAUAGCCUGUGGUAAUGCAGAAUUAGUGGAUGAGGCUUGUAAAUACUUCAAUGACAUGAGUGAUUCUUAUUGCAUUACACCUGCAGUUGAUCAUUAUAUUAGUGGAGACAUGCUCUACCGAAGAAACCAUGGAGACAAUUUGUUUUUCAGUUUCUAGAACUGUGAAAGACAUUCAUCCCAGAUCUUUGCAACCCACUAAUUCAUAUCAACAUAUGCAGAUAAUCUCCUCGAAGAAGUAUACAUUCACAUCAGAGUGCAUAGCUUCUGAUGGUUUCCCUCCUAAACUCCUGCGUAUGAAGGAUUGGACUGCAGUGGUCAGAGACAUGCGUGGUAAUCACAGACUUGCUCAUGUUAGAGGAGAAAAUACUGACCUGAGAGCACAACUUCCCUCCUUUGAAUUCCCUUUGUUACAGAGAAGGUCCCCACUUGUUAGAGUUGGGGAGUGGUAUUGCCCCUUUAUCUUUAUCAAUGAAUUCGGUACCAAUUUACGGGAUCCUAAGAUCCAGCUUAUGGAGUGUCCUUUCUACAAGAUGGUUCUAGAAAAGUUUUGGGAAGUGAUAUAUUCUACUCAAUGUAUGACAGGACAAGAUGUUGAUGUAGAGAAAACCUUAACAGUAGAAGAAGUGCUAUUGUUUGGAGAAGAGGUAACUGAGGAAAUUAGAAAUAAUGAUGGAAGUGUUUUGUUUAAAGGUGUGGGGAAGCAAUCGGAACAGGCUACUGGUGUGAAACUUAGCUGGCCCAUCAUUGCCAAAAUAAGGGCAGAUCAAGAUAGGUAUGGAUUAAAACAAGGAGGAGGAGAUGUAAGGGUGAAGAAAUCAUUUAGAGGCACUGGGACAGAAGGAAAAUUUGCUUGUUAUGUUGUAGUAGAAAGAUAUGUGUUGAAAAGAAUGGAUGGAAGCAUUGCACUUACUUAUUCAUUUAGAAAUUCAAACCAAAUAAAGGAGAAGUGGGAAGCGUGAGGGACAAGACAUAAUCGGUUUUUAUGUUUUCUAUUUUGUUUGUGGGGAAAUGCAUUUUUUCACUCCAAGAAAUUAUGUAACUUCAUAAAAUCUUAUAGCAUGGUUAUAUGUGAGGUUUCUUCUCUACGAAGGAAGAGCACAUCUAACAGAUGACUGAUAGUCUUUUUGCUAAAGUAUAUUGUAUUAUAUGUGUUUACAUUAUAAACUUAUAACAAUGAUUUCUCUUCUUUUAGCCAUUCAA